CCGGCCCCCUGCCGCCAUCACCUGGUUCCUGGGCAGCUCACGGAUGGCCACCGCACCCGGCACGAAGACGACGCACAAGGGGAACGUGACGCUGACGACUCUGCAGUUCACACCGCGGCCCGAGGACGACCAGAAGGUGCUCUUCUGCCGCUGCCAGAACCCAAAGGUGCCCUCGGCCACGCUCGAAGAUUCCUGGCAGAUCGUCGUGCAGUACCUGCCUCGUGUCACCGUGACUCUGGGCAAUUCUCUGGACCCGGCCCAGAUCAAGGAGGGCGACGGCGUCUACUUCGAGUGCAGCAUCAAGGCCAACCCGCCAGUGUACAAAACCGAGUGGAGACACAAUAAUCGGCUGCUGGAGCACAGCGUGAGGGACAACAUCAUCAUCAGCAACUACACGCUGGUGCUGCAGGACGUGAAGCGGUCCAGCUCCGGCGUAUACAUGUGCAUCGGCUUCAACGUCGAGGGCGACGCCGAGAGCAACCCCAUCUUCCUCGACGUCAAAUUUGCUCCCGUAUGCCGGCCCGACCUGCCACGCAUCUACGGCGUCUCCAAGAAGGAGCUGGUCACCAUCCUGUGCGACGUCGAUUCGAACCCCUCCCGGAUCCACUUUUUGUGGACGUUCAACAACACAUCCGAGUGGCGCGAGCUGGACAGCCGCCUGGUGAACAGCAGUCAGACGCGCAGCACGCUCCGCUACCGGCCGCGCACCGAGAUGGACUACGGCACUGUCUUCUGCUGGGCCACCAACGACAUCGGACGCAUGGCCAGGCCCUGCGUCUUCCACAUUAUCGCAGCAGGGCCUCCGGACCCGCUCUACAACUGCUCCGUGUUCAACCGGACGGCCGGCGACCUCUCGGUGCGCUGCCUGGAGGCGUUUGACGGUGGCCUCGUGCAGUCGUUCGUACUGCACGUCUACUCGGCAGAGGACGACCACGUGAGGAUCACAGGGGUCUCCGGGGUUCGGCAGAGUACACUUAGCUGCUCAGCGAAAGAAUUGGUCGUUAGCCUACCUACCUCUGUCCGGCAGCUGGUCUACAAUAAGACCUCGUCGCGACCCGAGUGGCACGUGCACGGCCUCAUCCCCACGCAGCGGUAUCGUAUCCAGGCCGUCUCUCAGAACGACAAGGGCAGGAGCGCCACGGUGACAAUUCCAGCGGACACCAUGGCCGGACCGGAGAAACAGCAGGAAAACAAACAAGACAUCACCAUAGCGGAGAUGCUGCCAGAGCCAGCAGAGUCGUCUCCACCAAUGUUGGCCAUCCUGGUUGGCGUCGUGGGCUCCGUGUCGCUUCUGCUACUCGCGGCGCUCACCACGCACCUCCUCUGUCGACGGGGACAUCGGCGAAGGGCGCGAGCCGCUGCUGCCGCACCCGCCUCCACCGCCGCCGCCAAGCCGCAGGUCAAGACGGCCGCGCCCGGACUGGAUGACGAUGAUGAUGAAAAAGGUCCAGAUGUGGUGCCGGAAGAGGGAGACUCGACAUACGGCGUCUAUCGGAUUCCGGAGAACAUUCCUGCACUGCCAGCGCGCGCCCAGGAGCCGGCAGCACCGCUGGGCAGCGGACGAAGGAACGGCGACAUCCCGCUGCGCUCCUUCAACCACAUAGUGCCCAUGGAGCAGUGCAUGCAGCACGGCGCCGCGACGCUGCCACCGCCGCACCGGCGCCCCCCGCGGCGCCCCUCCCAGGGCGCCACUGCCACCGUGGACCGCCGGAGGGCGCACGGACCUCCACCUCCCCGGCUGGAGGACGCCCGACCGCCGGACGCCGCGCGCUCGCCCAUGAUUGGUGGCCGGCACGAGCCGAGCGCGCUGAUUGGCUACGGCGCCGACGAGGCCGCGCUCAUUGGCUGCCGGCUCGACGAGAGUGCGUUUUGACCGGUCAAGGUCGCUGAGUGAAGGUGCGCGCGCCCCGUGAGCGGUGGACUGCCGCGGCAGCGAGCUCCGGACUGCCGGGUCAGGACGUGCUGGUUGGUGUUUGAAGAUGUUAUAAGUGUGGAUGUCUGAACUCUACGACACACUGUUUUAUGUAUGUUCACGUAGAUAGGCCGAACACAUGUCCAUAUUACCUCUUGUUAAUUUAUGGAAUGUUUAUCCAUAUGCUGAGAGAUGUUGAAUGAAUGGUGGACUGGAAACUUUUGAAUAAUUAUUAAUAAAUAAUGUGAGCUGUAUCUU